AUGGGUUUAAAGGAAUCAUCAAGUGUUCCAGGGUCAGAUGUGCAGGACACACCAGUUGUUGGGUUCCAUAUCAUUAGAUGGUAUAGUCAUGAGUUAUCUGAAGGUGGUAGAUUUUGUUAUAAGAGAUCUGCAGAUGGGAGGGACCCAUCAAAUGGUGAGCCAUCAGAAGUGCUUGUUGAUUUAUUGACACAAGCAAUAUCUCCAUUCCUCCAUUUGUCUUCAGAUACUGCAGUGGAAGUCCAUGCUCCAGAAGUAGUAAUUGCUUUGGGAAGCAAUGUGGGUGAUCAACUUCAUAAUUUUAAUUUUAAUGAAGCUAUAUGGUUGAUGAAGAAGUCAGGGAUUCAGAUCAUAAGACAUGGGUGUUUAUAUGAAACAGAGCCUGCAUAUGUGACCGAUCAGCCACUCUUUCUCAACUCUGCAGUUAGAGGAGUAACAAAACUUGGGCCCCAUGAACUACUGGGUGUGCUUAAGCAAAUUGAGAAGGAUAUGGGCAGAACAGACGGGAUAAGGUAUGGCCCAAGGCCAAUUGACUUAGAUACAUUGUUUUAUGGGAAGUUCAAUGUCAAUUCUGAGAUUCUUAAUGUUCCACAUGAAAGAAUUUGGGAAAGACCCUUUGUAGUGGCCCCACUAAUAGAUCUACUUGGUUCUGCCAUAGACAGUGAUACAGUUGCAAGCUGGCAUUCUUUUUCAAAACAAACUGGAAGACUUUUUGAAUUAUGGAAGAAACUUGGUGGUGACUUUCUUAUUGGAAAGGAAGGAUUAAGGUGAGUUUUACCCAUUGGAAAUCAGUUGUGGAACUGGUGGGAAAAUCAUGUCAUGGAUGUUCUUAACCUGACUCCGGAUAGUUUCAGUGAUGGGGGAAAGUUUCAGUCUGUAGAGACUGCAGUUUCUCAGGUAUGCCUGAUGCUCUCAGAAGGGGCAGAUAUUAUUGAUAUUGGUGCACAAUACACACGCCCAUUUGCUUCUAGGAUUUCAGCAGAAGAAGAACUAGAUAGAUUAAUACCUGUACUAGAAGCUGUUCUGGAAAUACCAGAGCUAGAAGGGAAGUUCUUAUCUGUGGAUACUUUUUACUCAAAAGUUGCAUCUGAAGCAGUCAAUAAAGGUGCUCAUCUUAUCAAGGAUGUGUCUGCUGGGCAGUUAGACUCCAGCACGCUUAAGGUUGCUGCAAUUCUAGGAGUUCCUUAUGUUGUAAUGCGUAUGAGAGGGGAUCCAUGUACAAUGGAGAAUAGUGAACAUCCAUAAUAUGAAGACCUUUGUAAGCAAGUUGAUUCUGAGUUAUCUUUUCAGGCUAGAGAAGCAGAAUUAGGUGUGCCAACUUGGAGGAUUAUUAUUGACCCUGGAAUUGGAUUCUCAAGGAAAAAUGAACACAAUUUAGAAAUUCUCAUGGGUCUACAAACCAUUCGAGGAGAGAUUGCAAUGAGGAGUUUGGCCAUUUCUCAUGUUCUCUUGAUUGGACCUUCCAGAAAGAGGUUUUUAGGUGAGAAUUGCAAUCGUCCAGAUGCCUCUGAUAGAGACCCUGCAACUGUUGCUGCUGUCACUGCUGGGAUUUUGGGUGGUGCAAACUUUAUAAGAGUACACAAUGUUAGGGAUAACUUGGAGGCUGCAAGGCUCUGUGGUGCCUUGUUGAAGCAGAAAAGGGCCAUGCAUGUAGAUGUUGUAUAAUAUUGGUUUAUUGAGCUAGCUGAGCUGCCAUCAUCUCCAUCUAGAUAACUGUCAUUUUUUUUACCAUGAUUAUGUAUCUACCACCCAUUGUUAUUCAAUCCUUUGUUAAUGAGACAGCCUUGGUUUUGAUGGCAUGUAGAAACCAAGCCAGGAGAUGUAAAAUAUGUUGAUUUAUUGCA